GGCGCUCCUCACGCAAUCGCGCUCCGCUCCGGCAUUUCUACGGUUUUUCUCUGGUGCCGGCGGGAAUUAUAACUCCUCCUCGGAUCAUCGUCGGCGGCAUGAGGUCCUUGUCGACGGCGAUUGCCGGCGCAACUAACUCCUCCUCUCAGCAUUCCGCUCCUGCUACCACAACUUGCGGCUCUCUUCUCCGAGAAUUGCAGGAAAUAUGGGAUGAAAUUGGGGAGAAUGAAAGUGAGAGAGACAAGAUGCUUCUUCAGCUUGAACAGGAAUGCCUUGACAUUUACCGAACUAAAGUGGAGAAAACUAGGAAGUAUAAGGCUGACUUGCACCAGUCAUUAGCUGAGUCUGAGGCUGAAAUUGCUAAAAUAGCUUCUGCUCUUGGAGAACGAGUUCCAUGGUAUGAGGAUAAGGGCAACAUAAAGGUGAAAAUUUCCAACAUACAACCAGUAUUAGAGAACAUGAGGUCAAAGAAGCAAGAAAGGAUGAAAGAAUUUUUGGACACAGAAAUGCAGAUUGCACAGAUUUGUGCAGAGAUAGCUGGAAAUGACCAAGCUCUUAGACCUGCUAAGAUUCAAGUUAAUGAACUAGACUUGACAACCAAGAAAGGGAAAGAACUAAAGUUGCGCCUUCAGGAUCUUCAGUCGGAAAAGAGGCUUCGUUUGCAAAAAGUUAAUGGCUACAUAAGUGCAAUUCAUGAUCUUUCAGUUGUCAUGUCAGUUGAAUUUGUGGCCAUAUUAGGUGAUAUUCAUCCAAGUUUACAUGAUGAUCUAAAUGCUCAACCAAAGAGCAUAAGCAAUGAAACACUAGCCAGAUUAACCAGUGAAGUCAGUUCACUAAAGGAAAUGAAAAAACAAAGGUUGCAGAAGCUUCAAGAUCUUGGUAGGACUCUAAAAGAGCUAUGGAACCUUAUGGACACACCAAUUGAGGAGCAACAGAGAUUUGACCAUGUCAUUUGCUUGAUUUCUUCUUCUGUAGAUGAUGUGUUGAGUAAGGGAUCCCUUGCUAUUGAAGUCAUUGAGCUGACUGAAGUUGAAGUUGAGCGUUUAAAUGCUCUAAAAUCUAGUAAGCUGAAAGAACUGAUUUUUAAGAGGCAAAAUGAACUUGAGGAAAUCUACAGGAGUGCUCACAUGGAUAUAGACAGUGAGACAGCACACCAAAUAUUAAUGAGACUUGUGGAAUCUGGUAAUCUACCUGACCUUCUUUCAAGCAUGGAUCAACAGAUUGCUAAAGCCAAAGAGCAAGCUCUGAGCAGGAGAGAUAUCUUGGAUAAGUUUGAGAAAUGGAAUCAUGCAUCUCAAGAGGAAAAUUGGCUUGAUGAAUAUGAAAGGGAUGAAAACCGCUAUAGUGCUGGGAGAGGGGCACACAUUAAUCUGAAACGUGCUGAGAAAGCACGUGUUCUGGUCACCAAGAUACCAUCUCUUGUAGAAAACUUAAUCGGGAAAAUAAAAGCUUGGGAGGUGGAGAAUGGAAUGCCAUUUUUAUAUGACAAGGCCCCCUUAGUGCGUACACUGGAGGAGUAUACCGUGUUGCGGCAGGAAAAACAAGAGGAAAAGCGCAGAAACCGGGAACAAAAACGGCUCCAAGAACAGUUUGCCGCUGAACAAGAGGCUCUUUAUGGUUCAAGGUCCAACAGUAAGAAGCCUUUGGGUCAAAGCAACAUUGCAAUGGGGACACCCACACCGAUUAAUCGCCGUGGAACAAUAUCAGGUCGGCAUGGAAUAUCUGCAGCCAAGGAAAGGAGAGAAAGUGCCAAAGCUGGCAAUAUAAUUCCUCCCAACUACGUGGCUCUUUCUAAAGAUGAACACAUUUCUCGGGGGAGUUAAGGUGGUUGGUUUAGAACAAUGGGGUAUAUGUUUAGUUUGGUUUUAUAAUUUCACUCACCAAUUUCUAGAUUGGAUCUUUUUUGAAUAUUUUUUGGACAAAUUAAAGGAUUAAGAAUAGA